AUGGCGGAGAAACGCCCUGUGGUAUCACCGCCUCGUGGUUUCACUCGUCCUUCGAGCCCUGUCCGCUCCAGCAGUCGGCCCAAAUCACUGACAACCAUCCUCCUGGUCAACAAUAUUCACUGCGCAUCUUGUGUGACAUACGCCAAAGAGGUUCUCUUCCACCUACCGCACAUUGCCCGCGUUGAUAUUUCAAUCCUCAAGCAUGAAGUUCGGGUCUCGCACUCUUCUGAGCUCCAGCCUACAGAGCUGGUUGAUGCCCUUACAGAUGCUGCCUUUGAGGUAUUCCAUGCAACCACCCAAAACGAGCUAGGGGUCACCGUCAACGAUAUUGAUGUCGACACCUCUUCCUGGAACGCAGGCUCUUGGCUACGCCCUACUUCUCACCUUUCCCUGGCCGCGAUGGACACACGUGCAAAGGACAGAAACAGUCGUCACAUUGCCAACUGCGACUCUUGCAAACAGGAGCAGGAAAAGCCUGCUUUGAAUGAAGGGCCAUGGCUUCCUCUAGAAAAGCGCCAAGCAGAGAAGAUCCCGUCAGGUCAGCCCCGUGAGCCCACACAGGCUGAACACAAGGAUGAGGAUGAAUACAGCGCUCAGUCUGUCAGUGUCAAUCUCCUCACCCACAGCGCAGCCAUAACCUAUGGAGGCCGCAGAGAAAAUAUCGACAAGAUUGUUGAGCAAAUCGAGGACAUCGGCUAUGGAGCCAGCGCUCAGGAAGUAACUCUCAAACCACGACAACGAGACCUCUACGUGGCCAAUCUAAGCAUAUCUGGAAUUACCUGCGGUUCCUGUGUCGGGACUAUCACACGUGGUGUCAAGGCUUUCUCUUUUGUAACUGACGCCGUCAUCGACUUGCUGGGUCAUUCUGGUAGAGUCGAAUUUGAAAGCGAAACGAACCUCCCACAGAUUCUCAAAAGUAUCGAAGAUUUGGGAUACGAUGCCACGGUCAUCGACUGUAAGCCCGUUGCCGGCACCGAAGCUACCGAUAGUGGUCCGAAACCCCGGACCAUAUGGAUCAAGGUGGACGGGAUGUUUUGCCAUCAUUGUCCUCAAACCGUUUUGAGCGCUUUGGAAGACAUAUCAGAGGGUAAAAUCGAAGUGCAAGAAAAGUUAACUACUCAAAAACCCGUUGUCGCAAUAAACUACCUCCCUGACCCGCCAAACAUGACCGUUCGAAGCAUCAUAUCCGCCAUUGAAGCAUCCAACAAAGCUUUCAAGGCGAGUGUUUACCACCCACCGUCCAUCGAAGACCGUUCUCGGGCAAUGCAAAAGCAGGAGCAACAUCGCUUGUUACUCCGUCUCUUGUUCACUUUUAUUGUCGCAAUACCUACGUUCCUCAUUGGAAUUGUCUGGAUGGCCGUCGUUCCCAAGUCAAAUUCAAUCCGCCAGUUUCUGGAGGAACCCAUGUGGGCUGGUUCUGCAUCCCGCCUGGAAUGGGCCUUGUUCAUCAUGACCACCCCCGUGAUGGUAUACGGCACCGAUGUGUUCCACGUCCGUGCUCUCAAGGAGAUACGAGCCUUGUGGAGACCCGGCAGCCGUGUUCCCUUCCUUCGCCGUUUUUACCGUUUCGGGAGCAUGAACAUGCUGAUCUCUGCUGGUACAUCUGUCGCGUAUUUUGCCUCCUUGGCCGUUUUGAUCGUCAAUGCCAAAAGCAAGAAGCAUGAGGCUGGACACACGUCCACAUACUUUGAUACUGUGGUCUUUCUGACGUUGUUUAUUUUGGCGGGCAGAGCUCUUGAGGGUUACAGCAAAGCUAAAACCGGGGAUGCUGUUGCGAUGCUCGGUAAACUGCGGCCAUCUGAAGCAUUACUCGUUGUCGAAACCCCAUCUACUGGAGACGAAGGUGCCGGAUCUAGCAUUCAGCGUGUGUCUGUCGACCUCCUCGAAAUUAAUGAUAUCGUGAACGUUCCCCAUGGAGCAUCUCCACCGGCUGAUGGGAUGGUUACGGGAACCGGCACAUACAAAUUCGACGAAAGCUCGCUGACCGGAGAGUCCAUGCCUGUGCGCAAAGUUGCCGGUGACAAGGUUUUCUCUGGCUCCGUCAACGUUGGGCAACCGGUGUCCAUCCAGGUCACUGAUCUCGGUAGCACAUCUAUGUUGGAUCAGAUCGUGGCGGUGGUUCGGGAGGGACAAGCCAAAAGGGCUCCAGUGGAAAGAGUAGCGGAUAUUAUGACGGGCUACUUUGUCCCUAUUAUUACCCUUAUCGCCAUCCUCACUUUCGUCAUCUGGGUUGGUUUGGGCGAAUCCGGUAGGCUUUCUUCGGACUACCUCGAUACCACCCAAGGAGGGUGGCCAUUCUGGUCCUUACAGUUUGCCAUUGCCGUCUUCGUUGUUGCUUGUCCCUGCGGUUUGGCCCUGGCUGCCCCAACCGCUCUGUUUGUUGGUGGCGGUCUGGCUGCUAAACGAGGUAUUCUGGUUCGGGGCGGCGGAGAAGCUUUCCAAGAGGCGAGCAAGCUGGAUGCCAUUGUAUUUGACAAGACCGGCACCUUAACUGAGGGAGGCACCCUGAAGGUGUCUGAUCAUGAGGUGCUUAUCAAAGACGAAGAGUUGGAACAAGUUGCAUGGGCGGUUGCCAAAACCUUGGAGGAGAGCAGCACCCAUCCCAUCGCCAGAGCGAUUGUUGAAUUUUGCAAUGGUCGAUCGGCAGUCUCCGCUACUUCGUCUGCCAUCACUGAAAUUGGCGGUCAAGGGAUGAAGGGCACCUUUACCGUUCCCGCAGCAAAUCCCCAGGAUGUCCCGGUUGAAUAUGAGGCCGCAAUUGGAAAUCAGCGCCUUUUGGAGUCUCUUGUCAGCGCCGAUCACGAUACAUACUACUUGGACAAUCUCCUGUCCAAGUACCAAUCCGCAGGACGUUCGACUGCUAUUCUUGCUAUCCGCAGAGUGUCCGACACUGACAAGUUCGUUCCGGCAAUCGUCUUUGCUACAGCUGAUCCUAUCCGCGCCGAAUCCAUAGACGUCAUUGCUCAGCUUCGCGCCAACCGCAUCGAGGUCUACAUGUGCACAGGCGAUAACACCGUCACCGCCCACGCCGUCGCUGCGACCCUCGGCAUCCCCAGCUCAAACGUAAUGUCAAACGUCCUCCCCACCCAAAAGGCAGAAUACAUCCGCAAGAUCCAAGGAAACGAACUAUCCCCCGAGUCCCACAGAGGUACCCAGAAAAAGACCAUCGUCGGCUUCGUUGGCGACGGCACGAAUGAUUCUCCCGCCCUCGCGGCCGCAGACGUCAGUAUCGCCAUGGCCUCCGGCUCCGACGUCGCCGUCAGCUCCGCAGGCUUCAUCCUCCUCAAUUCCGACCUGCGCACCAUCCUCGAGCUCUGCAAGCUGAGUCGGCGCGUGUUCCGGCGCGUGAAAUGGAACUUUUUGUGGGCUGCGGUGUACAAUGUGUGCCUGAUCCCCGUCGCGGCCGGCGUCUUCUAUCCCAUUGUGAGCGGAACGAAGACGGAUGCGCACGGGCGGGUUGUGAACACCCAUUGGCGGCUGGAUCCGGUGUGGGCGGCUCUGGCGAUGGCGUUGAGCAGCUUGUCGGUUGUGUUGAGCAGUUUGGCGCUGAGGUUGGAGUGGCGAGGUGUUCGGAAGUGGAUUGGGAAGAUGUUGUUGGGGCUGAAGAGGAAGUGA